AUGCCCUGCUUCAAGGGCAUUGCGGUGAGCAUUCACGCGAAUGGCGCCCCGCUGCCGGAGUAUGGCAUGCAGAAGCAGUCAAGAGUGUCCCGCAUCAGCUCCUAUAUUCCUGUGCCGCAACCGAACCUGAGCGGCGACUCCAACAAGCCCGAGCCGGCCAAGUUUGCCAUCUCCAUCACCCUGCUGACCCCAGGCCUGGCGAUACCUUACUCAGCCCCCAAGGCCACGAAUAAGAACCCAUAUCCCAAGCCUCAGUAUGUUGGCAGUCUUGCAUCCGGCUCAGGCAACGAGCGCGGGAAAUAUGCCGGCAUAGUCAACCCGUAUAUUCCCAUGACCAAUUCCGAAAACGAGACGAUUGCUGCCUACAUAUAUUUCGACGGUCGUGCCAAGGAGGAAGUGGCCACUCUGCUGCGGCCCGGCGAGGAAACCUGGGUGAACAGCCGGUGGGUUCAGGUGCCCGACUCCGAAGGCGGCGGGCUGGCCGAGAGAGAAUUCUUGUUUCGCGAGGUGGGCUUGGAACGCUGGCUCAACGGGCUUGACCUGCAGGGCCAUGACGCGGCCGAGAAACUGGAAAAGCGCCGUCAGAAGUUUGAGAAACGUAGGCGGAGACAGACGCUUGUGCAACAAGGUGACGCCGACUUGGACGCCGCAACCGAGUCCCGCAAAGACACUUGGCGGUACGGCGCAGAUGAUGGCUCGCCUAUUGAGGCUGUGUUCGACUCAGACUCCUGGUCGGAUGAUGACGACGAGCCACCAGAAGCUACAGGCCAAAUCAAGGUUGCCAUGUUUCGAGUUCUUGCAUCGGGUGAAAUCAAGAAGGGGGAAUACUCGCCGCAAUUCGACGCCCAUGACGGAGACGACGAUUACGCCGGCAACGCCGACAACAAUAUCGAUGCUGAUGUUGAGCACACCACGAGCUUCGCCAAGCCCAAGACCCUGGAUCCCAAAACGAUUAGCACUCAAACGGUGACGGGGAUUGACGGGCCGGACAAGCCGUACGCUGUCUUUACAUUCUUCUACAGAGGUGACAGACAAUUGCAAAAGAUUGGUGUCAUACAAUCGGCCAAGACUUCCCAGGCGACACCUGUCUCCGCCAACAAGCGGCGGUCUGGGCAACUCGACUUCUCCAGCCUUGGUCCUCUGAAAGCAGGAGGCACCGUCGGCUUUUCAGCUUUCCGCGACCAAACUUCCGAAGCGGCCCGAAGGAAGAAAGCACGGAAGAAGAGCAAUGGAAACAUUGCAGACGACAGCGACGACGACGACGACGAUGACGAUGAUGACGCCAGCGAUGUAUUCGUCAAAAUGGAGGAUGACGGCAAAGAUGACGACGAAAAGCUGGCCGUCGAGGACACCAAAUUCGGAGGCGAACUUGCAGAUGGUGUUAACCGGAUUCGCCUUAAGCGAGCGCACUCGGCUGACCCUGAUGGCCAUCUGACACCAGAGACGUCUCAACGAAGUCAAACGGAGGACAGCCCCGUCCCACAAGCACCACCCAGUCUCCAAACUCCCGGGGCUGUACAAGCGAGCAACGGCAUACCAGCAGAAGGACUCCUUGGCAGCCCCUUCAAAAAACCUCGCCCGAGUGAGGACAUGACCAACGCAGGAGAAAAGUACGGCCCGACGCAAAGUCUCAGUGCGGCGCUUGACGCGGCUGUUUCGGGGCAACCUGAAGCAGCUGCUUUAUCGAAAACCAGCACUGUACCGCCAUCCGAGGUGGAGCAAGAGGAAGAAGAAGAACUGUGA